CCUGGGAAAAGGGAAGCAGGCUUAAAAAUUGAAUUCCCCCCCAGCUUCUGAAGUUUGGUUUGCGAAACUUGCUUCUUUUUUAGUGUAAGUUUCCCCAACCAGGUACUACUCCGCCUGUGGCCCUGGAUAGUAACAAAGCAAACAAAGCCCGAACCCAAACCCGCCACCAUCAUAGAAAUCCAAAUCAGGAGUUCUCAACUUUGGCUACAUGUGUCAAUCACCUGGGGAGCUUUUAUCAGAGGCUAAGACUCACUGGAUGGAAUUAAGGAGCCAGUAAGGCCCUAUAAUUGCUGUGGAGAAUCUGUAAGCCAUGGCAUCUAAGAAAUUUGCUGUUAAAGUACUUGGUCAUGUGCAGCUUUCUGUAUCCUCAGGGAAUCCUGGAAAGAAUUCCUGAUGAAUGUGUGGGAAUUUUGCUGUACUGGUGGAUCUUCAUGUAUCGCCACAAGGUUCAAACAAAGAUACCAGCUGGUUUUCUGAACAGAAGAAAGAGGAAGUCUGUUUGCUGUUAAAAGAAACCAUUCUUUCAAGAGUUAAGGAGUACUUGGAAGUUCAUAAACAGCACAGGCCAUCAAAUACAGAAUUCACAAGAUCCAGUCCCUUGUCCUUAAAAGGUUAUGGCUUUCAGAUCACAGCCUAUUUCCUCAAGAGAGGGAUACACCUCCGCUGCAUCGAGAGCUCACAGAAUACUGAACUCCGUGUAUUCCCUGACAGAUUUGUGGUCUGUGUUAGUCAGCUUGAAUUUAAUCAUGAUAUUUUGGCAAAUCAGAAUGAAGAAUUGACAGAAAGAGCUCUCCACGGAGUGUCUGAUUAUUUUGCUGAGUGUGCUGAGAGUCUACUUCCUCCCAGUGCAAAGCUCAAGAGAAAUGCUCUGAAACAAAUUGCGAAAAGAACAAAAGCAAAAAGUAACGUGAAGAGCAAAUCACAGACCAGCAGAGACAUUGUGGGAACAUCUAGUGACUCAGUGAUUGCGGAGGUAGCAAGGAGGAGGGAUGAUGGUCAGGCCUCAUCAGAAUCCACAGGACAAGCAAAGGAUUACAUAAAGGCAGCUGAGUGCCACCAGAGGCUUCCUGUUCAAAAGCUGGAAAAUGUUAAUCAGACCCAGCCAGAAGACACUAGCAGCCAGCAAAAACCUCAUCCUGGGGAGCGGUCAAAGACAGGGCUUCUAAGCAGGAGCCCUGUCUAUAGCUGUGAGUCAGCAUCACCAGGUCCAAAGCAAAGUCCACGAGUAGCCAAAACACAACAGAAACGCAGGAACUGCGGCUCUGCGGAAGACUUCGACCACCACAAGAGAGUUUCUCUUGGAAGUGAUCGAUUAGUCCCAGGAGAAAUAAUACUGGAGAAAAGCACAGCUGUCAAUGUUUUGCCAAUUUUAGAGUUGUCAGAUCCGGGGUUACUUUUGAAACAAGAUUUGGCAAAAACCAUGUCUAAGGAAGAGUUGCAUGUUUUGGAAAAUCUCCCCUCCAGACAUCUUAUAAAAAAUAACCCAAGGCAGGCACAGCAAACGGGCUCAGCCACAAACACUGAAAGAUCAUCUGCAAUUCAAGGCAGCCCAACCAAGAAAAGAAAGAAAUUGCAAAGGAUUGCAAAGUCAUAGUUGAGGAUAAUAGUAGCCAAAUAUGUGACAAGAGCGCCAACAUGUAUAGAUGCUGAGACUUAAAAGGAAUUUGUUAGAAAGAUUUUGUUUGUUUGUUUCUAUCUUUAUCACAAUAUUGGGGAUUAAAACUAGGGUUUCGUACAUGCCAGGAAAAUCCUCUACCAAUGAGCUGCAUCCUCAGCCUUCCAAAUAGCUGGGAUUAUGGGCAUGUACCACCACGCCUGGCAAAAUGAUUAUUUUAAAUAAAACAGUACAUAUCCACAUUGGGGUUUGCUUUCCAGCAGUCACCUUCAGGAGGCUAUCUGUUUAUUCUAAUAAUGCUCUCUUUUCAUCAUACUUUAUAACUGUCUUCAGAAAUUGUAUUGAUAAAGAGCCAUCCACCUUGGUGGAGAGGAGACUAUUUGUGCAAGGACUGCAUGAAGAAACCAGUCACAUGUUCCUCCUUGACAUUACCAUGCAGACCUCAUGAUGGGACACAUGAAGACAGUGCCUCGUGCUAUAGUUAAGUUCUAGGGGUAUAGUGGAUCCUCCUGCUCCUCAGCUUCAGAAGGGGGCAGUGAAAGAAAAAGCCAGUGGUUCUAAACCACUGGGACCAGCAUCAUUGGAAACAUGAAUUAGAAAUGUGGGUGUCAAGCCCCACCCCAGACCUAUAGAAUGAGAAGCUCUUGGUGACUCUAAAAUAUGCCGAAGCCUGAGAACCACUGGACUAAUUGAAGUCUCCUUCAUGUUUAUUUCCUCCAGCCUGGCUCCCAUGGCCUCCAGCUCAUCAGCUGGGGCCACGUGUGGACAUGUACACCCUCAUAUUCCCUCAAACUUAUAAAACACCUGGGUUCAGUGUAUGAGUCACUCUGUUCCCAGAUUCUACAGUAUGACAGCCACAGCAUCGAGGGAGCUGUUACUUAUGCUUAUAAUUGCCGGAAGUUUACGGAUAAUUUAUCCCAGCAUUAGAGGAAGAAAUGGGAGAGACUUGCUCUUACUUGUAGCUCAGGCCUAUCCCUGUCCCUGCCCUUUCUUCCACCUCUAAGAUUUUGGUUAGGUUCAGGACAGACCAGAACCCAAGAGGAAGUCAGUGACCAAUGUUUAGUUUCCCAUUUGGAAGUCUUCACAGGCAAUUUAAGUUUCUUCUCUGGUCUCACAACUUACUCUUAAAAAGAUUAGAAGCUUGUGGUGGGGAUUGUGGCUCACCUAGCAUGUACGAGGCCCUGGGUUCGAUCCUCAGCACCACAUUAAAAAAAUAAAUAAAUAAAAUAAAGGUAUUGUGUCAACUACAACUAAAAAAAAAAAAUACUUAUAAAAAAAAAUAAGAAGCCUAAGAGGAGGUCAACCUCAGAAAUAUAAGAACCCUAAGAGGUCAACCUGGAAGUUUAAUCUGGACCUUACUUGUUCAGUAGAAGAUGGAACUUCAGGACUGUUCACCUUAAACACUUCAAGAAUAAAAUCACAGUUGUUUCUGAGAAACAGAUUUCUGAAAGGUAUUUGAAAUACAUUACCAAAAAGCACCUUAUGAAGAAAAAUCCUGCUGAUAGCAGUGGCACACACCUAUAAUCCUAGUGACUCAGAGGCUGAGGCAGGAGGAUCUCAAGUUCAAGGCCAGCCUCAGCAACUUAAGGAGGCCUUAAGCAACUUAAUGUCUCAAAAUUAAAAAAUAAGAAGGACUGAGAAUGUAAUUGUGGUAAAGUGCCCCUGGAUUCAAGCCCCAGUACAAAAAAAAAAAAAAAAAUCUUUGUGAUUGGCUUCAUGUGAUUAUACCUGAUAAGACUUAUAAACUUAGUUACUUCCAGAUUAGUCAAAGUCAAGAUUAGACAAGAUGAUAGUCUGAGAUCUAGGUGAAGCCUCUUGUUACAGGGCUUUGGUUCACAAUGUUAAAGAAUGAAGCAUUCACUCAAUUUCAUCCAAAAGUAGGAAAGAAAUCUUAUUCAAAGACCACCAAUGUAUCUUUUUCUGCUUACUAACAGGUGUUCCUUUGAAGUAGCAUCUCCCUUAUAUAAUAAGGAAAAUCAAGGGUAUUCCCCAAAGUGUUAAAAUUAGCAAAGAAAGCCCAAUAAAAUAAAAGAAAAUAGCAUGUGAGUGCUAUUAAUGCUCUCCAAUUGCAAACUCUCUCUCCCAGUAUCUGCUUUCCCCACUUGGAUUAUAUUGAAUGAAGCCCACCCAAAGGAAACCAUAUCUGAGAGCACCAUUGUGGGUCAUGAAGUUCAGUUAUGGUCAGAAAGCCUGGCUGCUGGAUGUAGAUGCUGUUGCUUUGUUGCUCUGGUGUUACAACAUUGACCUGGAAACCUGUCCUCUUCCUGCACCCCUAAGACCCAACAUAGCCCUUCCCACUGUGUCCUUUCUUUUCCCACCUGUUUCCCUUGUCAUAAUAGAUUCCAAUCUAAGAAUUCUAAAUAGGUGAAAAGGGAGCCCAACAGAAUGCUAAUAACCUCAGUGGAGCUGACUCUGUUUAUACAGUAGGGUUCGACUCUCAGAAUGAAAACUGCCUAAGAAGGUAUUUCAUCAGUUAACCUGGGCUUGAUGGUUAAGGCCAAACUUAAAAUGAUUUUCUUUCUAGAAAAGUCUUGGCUUGAGUGUUUAUUAUAUUUGGAGAAAACACAAUUCAUGAGAUCUAAUAAGGAAAAUAGCAACUUUGUGUUAUAGAUAGAUGUGGUCUUUCUCAGACUUCACACACAAUGGGUUCACAGCCCCAGCCCCUUUUAUAUUUUGAAUCUUGCUAAGUUACUGAGGCUGGCCUCUUACUUGUGAUCCUCCUACCUCAGCCUCUGGAGUCACUGGGAUUAUGGGCAUGGGCCACCACACCUGCCUUAAAUAACAUUUUAAUAGGUGUAUUUUUUUUCCCCUUUAACAUUCACAAGCAAGGAAGGUCUGGCAAGGCAAAGAGAAAUAUGCAUAUACUAUCUAGACAAAUAUGCAUAUAAUGUGUCAAAUACAAAGGAGCAAACAUUUAUGGAGAAUGGAGUGUGUGCAGCAAUUUUUUAGUUCCCUUUUUUUAAAUAUUCAAGGAGUGUGGAAAGUAUUGCAUUUUUUAAAAAAGGCUUUGGGGCUGGGAAUAUAGCUCAAUGGUAGAGGAAGCACUUUUCGUGUGCAAGGCGCAAGAUUUGAUCCAUGGCAUCACACACACACACUCAGAAAACCCCUCUUUAUUUUGAUUUAUGGAGAAUAUGGCUUAUCUCUGAAUGAAAUAUCCCAAAAUAUAUUCUCGGGACAACAAUGGGAUCACAGCAUAAUUGUUUUCUUUUUGCUAUCAUGUUUAGAUUUUGGCAUGGACUGUUGUGUAUAUUGAUGGCCUUUGAUUUCAGAAAGAGCUUGGCGAGGGCAGGCACAUAGGGGAAGGAAAUCUCUGCCCAGGAGAAUGGCCUGGAUUCAGUGUCCCCACUCCGAGUUUCCUUAAGCUCUUUGGCAGGCCCAACUGUAAUAUUUCCACAAAACUGUAGUGAGUGGCCCUCCCUUGAAGUAACCAGCCGCUUUCCUAAGAGCCAAAAAUUCUCUCUUCAGCGUGCUAUGACUUGAAUAUGGAAAUCAUCUUAAUUUCUUCUUUUUUCUUAUGAGGAAAUUUCCAUGCUUGGUUUGUCAAGACAAGAGAGUUCAUUCCUUCAUAUUGAAACACUAAUGAAUUGAAACAUGUUGAAGCAAGUAAAAAAAUCAAAAUUAAGCUGGUUUCUCUUAAAUAGUUUAAAGCCUUCCUUAGUAUAAAAUAAAUUAAGCAUUGUAAAAUGAAGUUAAUUCAGGUAAUUAUUCAGUGCAGAAGUCUAACCAUAUAUAUCAUUGGUAUUGUAAUUUCAGGGUAUAAUUAAAUUAUCUGAAAUCUGCAGAACUCCCUCUAAUUUGGUCUCUAUAUUUAUUUAACAAGACAGGGAACAAAUAUAUGUCAAUAUGCAGCAUAACAGAGGGAACUUGAAUGGCUGAAAUUAUCUUUAAUUAUCUAGAGUUACUCAGUACCAGUCCGGAAUAAGUUUAAUCUUGCAGCCUCAUGUUACCAUAUUUCAUAUUAGCUUGUAAAUGCUAUUAUAGCUCCUUAUCAAAAAUUUUGAUAACUUAAGCAAAAAUCAGUAAAACCAUGCAUUUGUCCUUUGAAGCAUCUGAUGGGGUGCCUGCAGGUGUGAAUUUUAUAGAUCCCUAGAAUAACUAUUCAGUUGAGUUAGAAAGCCAAACACUGCCAUAAUCACCAGGUGAGCUCUUUUUUCCCUAUCAGUUUUCUCAUUUGUUUUAUUCUAAACUGUUUAAAUAGUUUGAAUAGUUUUCUAGGUGAUGAAACUAUGUAUGUAGUGAAAAUGUACCUGUUUUAUAAAUAAAGAUAAAAAAUUGUCUUGAAAA